AUGGGUGAUACGAGCUGUUAUAUGGGAGCGCCAGGUGCACCUACCGGUGGUGGAGGUGGUGGUAGCGGUGGUGGCGGAGGUUAUGGUGGUGGGGGUGGUUAUGCUUAUCAACAAGAGUAUGAUUAUGGAGGCAGUGGUGGUGGUGGUGGUGGUGGCGGUAGCAGUGGCGGAGGUGGUGGCGGUGGCAGCAGUGGUGGAGAUGAUGGGCCAAAGAUGCGAACUGACGUAUCCUGUUAUCUUGGGCCCAGAUGA